AUGAGAAGAGGAAGUGAGGAAGGUGUUUAUGGACAGAACUGGGGUGUGACAUAUAAUCCUGAUAGUAUCUGUGUCCUGAAGGGUUCAUCAGUAACCAUGUCCUGCUCCUACACAUAUCCCAAUGAUAAUACAGUUAAAAGAACUUUCUGGACAAAAGGUGAUGGUUCUGACCCGCCUAAUUUGUCUGAAGACUCAGGUUAUAAAGGCAGGGUUCAUUACCUUGGAGAUAAACAGUCAAACUGUGCCAUGCAACUGAUUAAUGUGACUCAGACAGAUUCAAAGAGGUAUCGAUUCAGAUUUACUACAGAUAAGAACAGGUGGCUUGGUCAACCUGGAGUUCAACUGUCAGUUACAGACCUACAGGUGGAGACUCCAGAGAGAGUGAAGGAAGGUGAUACAGUCACUCUGAAAUGUAGAACCACCUGUACUCUGAGUAACACACCAACCUUCAUCUGGUAUAAAAAUGGACAUGUUUUAACAAGGAAACACAUGAAGAACAAUGAACUCUCUUUCCAGUCAGUCAGCUCUGAGGAUAGAGGCAGUUAUGUGUGUGCUGUACAAGGUCAUGAGAAUCUUCCCUCUCCUGCUGUCACUCUCACUGUCAUAUAUCCUCCAAAGAAGACCACAGUGUCAGUCAGUCCCUCUGGUGAAAUAGUGGAGGGCAGUUCAGUGACUCUGACCUGCAGCAGUGAUGCUAAUCCACCACAGAUAAACUACACCUGGUAUAAAGAGAGUCUAACCUCACCUGUAGAAUAUGGACAGAGUUACAUCAUCAACAACAUUCAGUCCAGUAACAGUGGACUGUACUACUGUGAGGCCCAGAAUAAACACGGCUCUCAGAAAACCACUGCUGUACCAAUCACACUGAAAGAUCCUCCAAAGAAGUUGUCAGUGUCCGUGAGUCCCUCUGGUGAAACAAUGGAGGGCAGUUCAGUGACUCUGACCUGCACUUUUGAUGCUAACCCACCAGUGGAGGAGUACAGCUGGUUUAAGAUAGAUGGAAAUAUUGUCUUGACAAAAGGAAAUGAACAGAACUACAGGAUCAACAAGAUCAGCUCUGAGGACAGUGGAGAAUAUAAGUGCAAGUCCAGCAAUCAACAUGGAUAUCAAUAUUCAGAUAGUGUAUAUUUGAAUGUUUUAUAUGCUCCAAAGAAGACCACAGUAUCAGUCAGUCCCUCUGGGAAAAUAGUGGAAGGCAGUUCAGUGACUCUGACCUGCAGUAGUGAUGCUAAUCCACCACAGAUAAACUACACCUGGUAUAAAGAGAAUGUAACUUCACCUGUAGGAUAUGGACAGAGUUACAUCAUCAACAACAUUCAGUCCAAUAACAGUGGAUUGUACUACUGUGAUGCCCAGAAUAAACAUGGCUCUCAGAAAACCACUGCUGUACCAAUCACACUGAAAGCAAAUAGCAAUGUGUCAGCUGCCAUGUUUGAGUGCCCUCUAGACGAACUGGAUCAGUACAGCGUGAAGUUAAAGUUAGACCAUCUGUAUAAUGAUGUACCACUAAGAGGCUUUAGGGAUGACACCAAAUCACAUGACCAAGACACUCAGGAUGACCCAGCCAAUCAGGAUGAUAAUCUGUAUGUCAACGUAACUUUUUCAAAACCUGAUUCUUCGUGCUCUGUCUCUAACAUUUGUAAUGACGAUCUGUACGCUAACAUCUAG